AUGAUGACGAGGAUGAGAGUGAUGAGGAAGAAAAGACGAAGGGAAAGAGGGCUGUUCGCCCCGUGGGCACCGGACGCAAUAUUGAAAGGUAUUUCUGACGAAUUCGAGCCGGAAGAUGAGGAAGAAGACGAAGAUGUUGAUGAUGAAACAGGAGGAGGUGAUGAAGAAGGAACUGACAAGGACUCGAAAUCCGAGGGAGAUGAAGUUGACGAGGAAUGCGACGAAGGCGAGCGAAGUAAGAUGGUGAAGAAAGAGGAGGAAAAAGAUGACGAUGAUGAUGAUGAUGAUGAUGAUACGUCGAAAGAAUCAUCGAAAAAGGAGGAAUCCACCACCGCUGACAAGAAACAGCAAAUAAAGAUGGAAAAAGAUGUCGAAGCAUCCACUUCUGAUAAGAUCGUGGAUACAGCACCUGCGUCAUCAUCAUCUGCAGCAACACCGACAGUAAAAACGGAACCCGUCGAAAAUGAGGUCGUGGAUACAGCACCUGCGUCAUCAUCAUCUGCAGCAACACCGACAGUAAAAGCGGAACCCGUCGAAAAUGAGGAAUCGCAUCAGCAGAACGUAUCGGAAGAAAAAGCUACGGACACUUCUUGCAUGAAGGCCGAAGAAAACAGAGAAUCAACAGCAAAUCCCCCGUAUCCAAACCCCAUUGCUGCUGCAGCUGCUGCCGUACCGUUUGUUCCACCACACUGGUAUGUCAUUGCCUAUGAGUUUUUCAGUGAUUUUUUGUUUGAUGGGCCGUCGAUUGUUCUCGAAAACACUGGGAAAAGUGAGGAAGCGCGUCAGCAGAACGUAUCGGAAGAAAAAGCUACGAACACUUCUUGCAUGAAGGCAGAAGAAAACAGAGAAUCAGCAGCAAAUCCCCCGUAUCCAAACCCUAUUGCUGCAGCUGCUGCCGUACCCAUGCCAUCAACCUCAUCUGAUCCAUAUCCGCUGAAUCCAUCCAUAGUAAUGGAACAGAUGGCGCGUCUUGCAUCCUCAUCUGUGCCAAUUCGCCCAAUUGCAGUAACUGCUUACCAAAUUCGGCAGCCAGCUGCGUUCAUUGGAGCACCAGCAAGUAUACCACAACCAGUUGUUUGUGUACCACCGCACGGAUGGCCACCUUAUCAUACACAACCAAGCACUUUUCCUGCAAAGUUUGUUUUUUUUUUUUUGUUGAUUUUUGGUGUUUUGUGA